AUGUCUAUUCAGGAUAAGGUGCUAAUGAGAAAAAUUAAAAAACGAGAAAAACAGAAAUUAAAACUUGUGCAACUGAAAGAGAAAGAGAAAAAUAAGGUGGUUGAGGAAGAACAGGAUGAGGAGGGUUUUGUUCCCCAGGAGCGAAAGGGGGCCAAAAGGGGACAAAACGAUGAUACAGGGCCUGCUCGGAAAAAAAAGAAGAAGAAUAGGAAAAAGAAAGAUCUAGAUUUAGAACAGAGCCAUGAAAGUGACAAAGAAAGCGAAAAAGAAGACGAUGAGGAAAAUAACGACGAGGAAGAACCCCAAGAGGCACAAACCGAAGGAGAUGAUGAACAAAAUAAACUUCCUGGUGCCGAAACCACGUUGGAAAUUCUAAGUAACUGCACGUUUGAUUCUCUUAAGAACAAAGUUUGUGAAAACACCCUUAAAGCUAUUGCUGAUAUGGGCUUCACAACACUUACUGAAAUUCAAGCACGAUCAAUUCCUCCAUUACUGGAAGGCCGCGAUUUAGUCGGGGCUGCUAAAACAGGAUCUGGAAAAACGUUGGCUUUUCUUAUACCAGCAGUCGAGUUGAUUUAUAAACUGAAAUUUAUGCCAAGAAAUGGUACUGGUGUUAUUAUUAUUUCACCAACAAGAGAAUUGUCAAUGCAAACGUUCGGGGUUUUAAAAGAGUUGAUGAAAUAUCACCACCAUACUUAUGGCUUGGUCAUGGGUGGGACUAGUAGGCAAACAGAGGCUCAGAAAUUGUCCAAAGGGAUUAAUAUACUAGUGGCUACACCUGGACGUCUUUUGGAUCACAUGCAAAACACUCCUGAUUUUCUUUUUAAGAAUUUACAGUGUCUUGUGAUCGACGAAGCUGAUCGAAUUUUAGAUAUUGGUUUUGAGGAGGAAAUGAAACAGAUUAUUAACCUUCUGCCAAAACGGAGACAAACAAUGUUGUUCAGUGCCACACAAACGAAGAAAACUGAAGCCUUGACGUCUCUAGCGUUGAAAAAAGAGCCGAUUUAUGUCGGUGUGGACGACGCUAAAAGCGAGGCCACUGUUACAGGACUUGAGCAAGGCUACGUUGUUUGUCCUUCUGAAAAAAGACUUUUGGUCUUGUUCACUUUUCUGAAGAAGAAUCGCAAGAAGAAGGUGAUGGUGUUUUUCAGCUCUUGCAUGUCUGUGAAAUUCCAUCACGAGUUGUUUAACUACAUUGACUUGCCAGUGAUGUGCAUUCAUGGGAAGCAGAAACAGGCGAAGCGGACGACCACAUUUUUCCAGUUCUGUAACGCAGAAUCUGGAAUUUUGCUCUGUACUGACGUCGCAGCGAGAGGUUUGGACAUUCCAGCCGUUGACUGGAUCGUGCAAUAUGACCCUCCAGAUGACCCUAAAGAGUACAUUCACAGAGUUGGCAGAACUGCAAGAGGUGAAGGAAGCAGUGGUCAUGCUUUGCUAAUUUUAAGACCUGAGGAACUUGGUUUCCUUAGGUAUCUAAAACAGGCUAAAGUACCGUUGAAUGAGUUUGAGUUUAGUUGGAAUAAAAUUGCCGAUAUCCAGUUACAGUUGGAGAAUUUAAUUGGCAAAAAUUAUUUUUUGAACAUGUCGGCGAAAGAAGCGUUUAAGGCUUAUGUGAGAGCGUACGACUCGCAUCAUUUGAAGACCAUUUUUGAUAUCAGUACGCUUGAUUUGGCGAAGGUUGGGUUGUCGUUUGGGUUUAAAGUACCACCAGCUGUGGAUUUAAAAGUUACUGUUAAAAAAUCUGAACGCCCUUCUAAGAGAAAGGGUGGGGGCGGCUUUGGUUACUACAAGAAUUUGAAUGCAAUGCCGAGUAAAGAUUACAAGAAGAAUGUUGUCUACAGACAACCUAAACGCAAGGGCGGCUCAGAUAAACGCCAGUUUUCAAGAUGAGAAAAUAUUUUAAGUGUUUUAGAUUAAUAUCAUAUAUUUUACAUUAUGGAUUAUGAUAAUAAAUACUUUGGACUCUUA